AUGGCUACCCUCGACGUCGAGGCCUUGCUUGAUGCCACUGCUACUAGCAAAAGUGACAUCAAGGAGAAUCGGUCUAAGGAUUCCGAAGAGCGCGGAAAAUCUGACCGAAGUGACCGUAGAGAUCGAGACCGCAGUCCCGGCCGAAGACGCGACCGUAGCACCGACCGUGGACGACGUGACCGCGGUGAAGAUAUCCCAGCCACCCCACGCAGUGAUGCAGGUAGUCACAAGAGUAGGCGCAGAAGCCGGAGUCGUGAUGAUGAGCGUCGACACUCACGUCGUCACAGAGGUGGUGAUGGCGAUUUCUAUCGGAGUGGUGGUCGCGCUCGGGAUCGCUCUCGCUCGCGAUCUCCUCGCCGACAUUAUCGACCAAGAGACGACCAUCGCGAUCGAGAUCGCGUCCGUGAUGACCGGAGUCAUUACAGAAGCCGCGAUGAUGAUAGGCCCCGUGGAGGGCGCACCCCUAAGCGGGAUCCUACUCCCCAACUGACCGAAGAUGAGCGAGAUCGCCGUACCGUAUUCGUUCAACAGCUAGCUGCACGUCUUCGCACCAAAGAGCUUAAAGAGUUUUUCGAGAAAGUCGGUCCCGUUAACGAGGCUCAAAUCGUCAAGGACCGUAUCAGUGGAAGGUCUAAAGGAGUCGGUUACGUUGAAUUUAAAAACGAAGAAUCCGUCACUGCUGCACUUCAGCUCACAGGUCAAAAACUCCUAGGUAUCCCAGUUAUAGUACAGCUUACCGAAGCUGAGAAGAACCGACAAGUUCGUACUACAGAAGGCUCCGGCUCUCACGCAAAUUCGAUUCCGUUCCAUCGUCUAUACGUCGGCAACAUCCACUUCAGUAUUACUGAGCAGGAUUUGCAAAACGUAUUUGAACCCUUCGGCGAACUCGAAUUUGUCCAGCUACAGAAAGAUGAUACUGGCCGUAGUCGUGGCUAUGGGUUUGUACAGUUCCGUGAAGCUGACCAGGCUCGUGAAGCACUCGAGAAAAUGAAUGGAUUUGACCUCGCCGGUCGCCCAAUUCGUGUUGGUCUUGGUAACGAUAAGUUUACUCCUGAAUCAACUGCCAAUAUCCUACAGAGAUUCCAGGGCCAAAACCAACCAUAUCAGGGAUCCGCAUUCUCCGGCGCUGGCGGACGAGGUCCGCAAAACUCUGGAUUUGAUCGCGCAGGAGGUCGUGAUAACGACAAAGCUACUGGUGCUAGCGCAUUGGAUGACACCGAUGUUGCAGGCGUUAAUUUUAACAACUAUAGUCGCGAUGCAUUGAUGAGAAAACUCGCUAGAACCGAUGACACAUCCAACGGAGCCCGCGACGAGAGACAGAUUCUCAAGCCCAAGACAGAAACUAAACCGCUACCUGUGAAUGUCAACAUGGCUAGCCGGUGUGUUGUUCUACACAACAUGUUUGACCCCUCUGAGGAAGAAGGUGAAGCCUGGAUUAAAGAAUUGGAGGAUGACGUUCGACAGGAAGCCGAAGAGAAAUAUGGCCAUGUGGUCCAUAUUGCCCUCGAACCGAACUCGCAAGGCGACAUAUACCUCAAAUUCGACAAGGUCCAGGGAGGCGAAAACGCAAUCAAGGGCCUCAACGGUCGUUAUUUCGGUGGACGCAUGAUUAGCGCCGCGCCUGUUGUGGACGCAGUCUACAGCAGUUUGUUCUCUCGUACCAAGGCUAUUUGA